UCUACAGGCACCACCGUGACAAGCCUAACUCUAAAGCUUUAAUCUGAACAGUGAAAUUGGCUCAGUGUCAAUCCAGGCUCAUAGGAGCAGUGUGGAAUAACUGGUCACCCAGAGGAUGCGCUGGCAGUGAAGCAGCCCAGUGUGGGCAAUUGUAAUUAGUGGAGCUAAACAAAUUCUCCUUCUCCUUCCCAGACUGCAUGAAAACUGUUAAGGAUAUCAGUGAAAAGCUAGAGGGACAAGAGAAAGGGGAGCCCGUAAAAGAAGCAGGCAUGGGGCUUCAGUCGUUUAUGUACUUCCCACACAGAUGGGAGGACCUGGGUUCGGCUGUCCACCACCACUGUUAAAAGCCGGGCACAGACAUAUGUGCCUGUAAUCCCAGAGCUUCGGUCAGGCAGCCCGUGGGUCCCAGGCUCAGGGGGAGACUGUUUCAAAAAGUAAAGUGUAAAGUGGAGAGCAAUCAAGAAUGGCCCUCAAAGUUGACCCUGGCUUCCACAUACACGUGUAUGCGCACACACACACACACACACACACACACACUUUUAAACAAAGAAGCAGGCAAUGUGAGUGUGGCAUAGUCACACCGACUGUGCAAUAAUGACACAGGGACACGGCAGUGGAAAACAGUGUCUUAAGGCGAAAGUGUGUCCUGAAUGAUGACCCUUACAGCUUCUCUUACUGUUUCCUCCUGUCACCUCACCAGGGACUUCCUCAGUGACUGGAUGUGUAAUUGCACUCACUCUGAGCUCGACUCAGUCAAUUGCGAUAGUGUAUCCCUAGGCCCUCAUGGGAAGAGCUCUGAAACUCCCAGGAACCAGAGAGUCUUUCUUGCACCCACUUUCUCCCUCUAAGGUCGCUCUCACUGAAACGGGUGAUUUCCCAAAUGGGAAUCCAGCUUCACUAGCCUCGCAAAUGACUUCUCACUACUGUGACUUCAGUGCAGAGUUCUCCACUGCGGUCUGCAGGUCUCUGCAAAGCCUAGUCAGCAUUCUUCUCUCCAACUUCCGGGCAAGCUGCACUCUCUGUCAGACACACUGACCUUUGUGCUUCUCUGUUCUGAUGACCACACAGGAGAUGUCACAGUCUGGCCUCACCUAGUUAACAUCUGCCCACCCUCAAGGUCACUUCCUGAAGGAGGAGGCUUCACCUGACAGCUGACUGGCCUCUUGACACCCACCUUACUAGGACAACUAACUCCUCACAGCUACCACGCUUCCAACACUUGCACAACAAUGUUAACCAUUCAGUAAACAAACACACUGAGAUCAGGAUUGUGUCCCCAGAAUCGGGCAUAGAACCUGGCCCACCACAGACACUCAAAUGUUGAUUAAACAUAUGAAUGCUACCUACGUACGAUAACACUGGGGGAAAGUUUGUCUGGUGUCUUUGUGCAGUUGCCAUGGAGUGAAAGACAAUAACAGUGAGCAGGUGACUGUUGCUAAGGGAGGGCCGAUGCACAACAAGAGAAGCAAGAACACAGGAGGUUGUAUGCACAGCACCCAGGGCCACACAACCCUCCGGGGAGCGCCCAGGCUUUCUGAAGCCCCAGCAUCUGCUUUAACACCUAGCAAAAUGCCUAAAAGUGUUUCAAUAUCUAAACAACUGGCUUCAAUAAAAGCUUUGAAGAAAGGCUCAGAUCUUGAAAAAGCCAUUGCUACUGUCGCUCUGAUUUUCAGAAACUCUUCCGACCCUGAUGGUAAACUUGGGAAAGCCACUGCCAAGAAUCUGCUACAAACCCAAUUUAGGAAUUUCACAGAGGGAGAAGAAAGCAAGCCAAAGUACCAAGACAUCCUUUCUGAGCUGGAUGAACACACAGAAAACAAGCUGGACUUCGAGGACUUCGUGAUCCUGCUCCUGAGCCUUGCCAUCGUGUCGGAUCUGCUACAAAAUAUAUUGAGUGUAAAAAUUACAAAAUGAACAACUUUAAAUAUGUGAAUGGACAAAAUAAUCACAAAUGCAGGUGCCAAAUGAUGAAAGAUCUUCCUUUCUGAUAUGUAAUGAGUGUGGGAUGGUUCACACUGGUAAUAUUCACUCAUUGUAACUCCAAACAUUUCAACACUCUUCAGAAAUGUCCAAAUAAUAUGUAACUUUCAACAUGAUAAAUUAAUUGGAUGCCACUUUUGAUGAGUGAGCAGUAACUCAGAGAUUUUUUUCUACUGAAUGUACAAUCAUAUUCAUUCAUUGAUCAUACAAUGGUAUUUGUAAGCAUUUACUUAGUAACAUUGUUAAAAAUACAGUAACAAAUGACCAGAUAACCUCUUCCCUUGCUCAUGUUUACAUAAUUCCAGAAGAAGAACUAGAUAUACAACAAUAAUUUGUGUGUGUGUGUGUGUGUGUGUGUGUGUGUGUGUGUGUGUGUGUGGAUUGGUGUGAAGGCAACUGUACAUAUACAUAUGGAAACCAGAGGCCACUCUCCAAUGUUGUUCCCCAAGUGCUGUCUACCUUGAUUUUUUUAGCUUUCGCUGGCCUGGGACCUGGGAGGAUCGACUUGACUGUUCAGUGAUUCCCCAGUGCUGAGAUUUCCCCCCGGCUCAGCUUUUGUAGGUGGGUCCAGGGAUCAAACUCAGAUCUGGUGCUUGUCUGGCUAGUGCUUCACUAAUGAACCAUUUUCCCAGCUCUGAACAGCUAGUUAAUCGGUUUAAAACACACGAUAAUUAUAAAUAAGAUAAGUGUUACACAAUGCUAGCAGAGUUUAUUAUGAGAUCUAUCUUCAAAGAUCAGACCCUUCCUGAGCUAUAAAAGAAAAAAAAAAAUCAGACCUUCCUGACCUAUAAGAGAAACAGAAAUGCUGAGUGGUUCCUGGGAUCUGAGUUAGAACUGAGACUGUUUACAAACAGACACACGGGAGAUUUUAAGUGGAAGGCAGUGGUCCCUAGCUUGCUGGUGGUGGUAGUUAUAUGAAUGAGUAAAUGCAUUUGUCAAACUCUUAAAACUUUACACUAAAGUGGAUGAAGUACAUUGUAUGUGAUUGUGAAUUAUGGCUAAAUAAACAUGACUUGCAAAAACCUA